AUGGACAACACUUCAAUGUCAUCGGCAAAUGAAACAUUUGCAGAUUGCCAGGAUGGAAAUGCGGUGGACGAUAGAGAUCCCCUGGCAACAACAUUUGCAGAACAACCAACACUGAAUACCACUGUAGAAGUUGGUGAGGGUGAAUGUUAUGAAAGUGCGAUACAGGACGAUCUUAAAAGUGCUGCAGAUAUAACAAUGGAUGUGGGCCAAACUCAGACUAUUGAAGAGGUAAUUGUUGGAUAUCAGCGCCAAGAAGAAAUUCAUCCCUCCCUGGAAUAUGAAGAGGAACCCAUGGAUGUGGAUAUGAAUGCCACCAUGGAAAUGAUACAAAAUUCUGCACAAAAUAUAGAGAAUGUUGAAAAGGUAAUACAACACGUAGAGAAUAUAUUGCACAACUUGGAAGGGCCAACUCAACCAAUUGCUGACAAUAGACCAGCGGUGGAAGAUGAAGUCAAAAUAAUUGGUUCCAUUGCCAAGCCGACCGAAUCUUCCAAAAUGACCUUUGUUGUAAAUCCAGAAAAUAUUAAGAUCGAUGAAAAGCCCUUACAGCAUUUGGAAAUGGAACAAUCCAUUCAUGAUAUUUCCUUAAACAAAAGUAUUGAAAUACCCAUGAAUAAGUCUAAAACAUUAAGUUCGGAAUGCGUUAUAACAACAGUUAACAAUGAAACUCAUUUGGAGACGGUAGAUAACGGGGAUAAUCUUAACGCUACAAAAGAAUCGGCAGCUUCCAAUAGCAUGGACCAAAAGAAUUUAACCAUUAAUGUUAUGAACACCAGCAACUCCAGCAGUGUUUCGGCCAAAAGUCCAACAUCUAAAUUAAAUGUAACAACAUCUUUAAGUACCUCUACCGGUAGCCUUAAAUCGUCAGCCCCCAGUUCUCCCUCUUUCCCCAUUAAAAAGACAUCAAACGUCAGUGCCUUCCCUCAAUCUCCAAAAUUGAAGAUGGAGCAGGCAAAACCAACCUUUUUAGAGAAAUCUGAUUAUAUGGUAAAUCUGGAAAGCAAAGUCACCACUCAAGACGUGGAUGAUAGUGGUAAUAUGAAUGCAACAUUUGUACAUCCCGGCCAACCAGUGAGGAACAAAAAUCGUCUAACAUUCGGUGUGGAUCAGGGUGGCACUUUGCCCAUUACAGAGGAGAAUAAACGUCUCACAUUUAAUGUUGAGGAGCAACGUGUAGGACCAUCUCAAACGGACAAUAAGCGUUUGACUUUCAAUGUACAAUCAAAUGAGGUUCCUUCAGAAUUGGGUAGUACAUUCCCUGCUAAAGAAAAGACCGAAAAUACUAGACGUACUUUUUGUCUUAAUGAUAUUUCAGAACAAUCAACAAUCCAGGCAGAUGCAACACUGCCCAAGGAAAAGGUUGAAUCGAGACGUACCUUUAAUGUACCCAGCGAAGAGCCAACACCCAUGGAUACCAGUUAUGCCGCCAUGGAUGUUGAUGAUACUUUACCACAAAAUGCCACAAUGGCAAUUGAGACAGCAUCGUUAAAUGUCACUAAACCUAUGGCAUCUGCUUUCCAUGAAACCCGUUCCCAAUCACCACCCUUACCAACACUACAGCAAAGAUCGCAAUCACCUGCUUUGCAAAAUCAAACAAUAACUAAAUUUGAUUCCAUACGUUCCAAUUCACCGCCUUUGCCCACAAUGCAAAAGCGAAGCAAUUCACCACCAUUGCCCACAAUGCAAAAGCGUCCACAAUCACCACCCCUACCAACUGUGGCUAUGAAAACGAAAUCAAUUGCUAAUGAAAGUUCAGAAUCCUUACAUUUCAUACAAAAGCGCCCAUCGAUUCAUAGCUACGGUGGCGAUGUACUCUCCGAAAAGGAACAGACCAAUAUCAAAAUUAAAGAUGAAAAGGAUAUUUAUUAUGAAAAAUCAACACCAUCUCCCAUGGAAGAAGUAUUUACAGCUGUCUCGGCUACAUCGACGACAUUGACGAAUACAUCUGGAUUUUCGGCAUUUGAUCAAAGCUCUCCCACUACAUCUGCCAUGAACAAAAGUUUGGGUCAACAAAUACCCGAUGAUGAGUUCCAUGGCAAUAGUAAUCUUAUUUUGAAUCCAUCCGAUUUCGAUUAUCUGCUAACCAAGGGCAAUAACAACACACCAGUGGAUCGUAGUUCGUUGCUAUUGAAAUUUGAUCCAUUACUCGGUUGCCCAGUGCCAGCCAAUCAAGGACAACAAACGCAACAGCAGCAACAACUACACUUACAAAUACCAACUAAUCUCAAUAAUAAUCCUUGUCUAAGUCCAACCAUAGAAGAGGACGAGCUUAACGAAAGUACAAAUCGUUCAUUUGUUGUAGAUAACGCCAGAACAUCGCUAGGUAGUGGUGGUGCUAGUAGUGGUUUUGGCCGGCCAUCUGCAUUACCCUCAAGUGCCAAAUUACUAAAGGAACGGUCACAAGAAGUCAAACAGCAAUUGCAGCAGCAGCAAAAUAAACGUCAAUUACCACAACCUGGAACAAAGAAGAAUGCCACAAUGAGUGUCGAUGUGAUUAAGGAUAUGAGUUUAGAUAAUAACGAUUGUAAUAAAACCUUUGAAAAUUCCAAUUCCACACAACCCGAUGAUAAACAGAUCAACUAUAAAAUGGAUGAACUUGAAAAGAAAGUCAAAAAUGAAGUUCUCAAAACUGAGGACAUUGAGAAAAAACUGAGAGAAGCUGAGCUAAGGGAAGAAGCUUUAAUAAAACGUAUCACAGAAAAAGACAAAACUGUAGCGAAAAUGACUGGGGUAAUUGAAGCAUAUGAAAAAGCCAUAGCUGAAUUAAUUGCCGAAAAGGUUUGCUUUGAUCAUCAUUUCAAUUUUUUAAUUCAUUUGUUUUAUUCCGUAUUUUUUAGAAAAUAUGAAAAGAGCAAAGAAAUGACCUGCCAAUUAAAAGGAAACGAAGAAAACUUAAUAGCAGAAAAUCGUAAAAAUGCUGAAAAUCUGCGAUUACAGGAGCAACGAUAUGAUAAAAUGAAAAACCAUGCAAUGCAACAAUUGGAAAUAGCCAAUAAAAAACUAGAAGCUCUGGCACGAGAGCACCAAUUGGAGACAACAAAACUGAAAGCCUAA